CAAACUCUAAGCUCACGGUGGUACCAAACAACCCCCCUCUCCUUGCACGUACGAUCCGCAAAGAAGCGACCGCCACCGUCGUUCGUUCGAACCCGAAACCACCCGUACUGCUGCCUCGUGAUCGCCUCGUGGGUUCAGAUCCGAGAGCACCCGUCGACGUCGAGGAGUUCCUCCAGUUGGUUGGUGCGACCACCGAGUCGAGUACACCCCCUCUCGACCGAAGACAGCACGGGGAAGAAGAACAGAAGACUGGGUAUUUGUUCGACCUUCGACAACACUCUAGACAUGACAACGGCAGUGGUGUAUAUCCAACGAUGUAUUGUCGUACUCGCUAUUCUUCUCUGCUAUUUCCAUGUCCGAGGCGAAAGGGUGGACUGCGAGCUGUAUCCGUUCCAUCAAACCUGCAGAGGUACAAUGUCGAGGAAACGCGCGAUGUUCCCGACCAUAUACGGAUCAGGUUGCGACGGAAGUAAAGGAAACGUAAACUGCAUCAGGGAAUUCGAGGACAGACACCGUAUUCCUUAUAUUCCACUGUCGAAGUCGAGACUCUUGAUUACUCUCCUUGAUAACGAUCCGCCGAAGGACGCUACGUACAUGGGACGCCACAGACAAAGGAACAAUGAAAUGGAUGAACGAAGGCCACCCUUAAUGGAGAACUUUUUAUCAGAAUUGGAAUCUUCGGACAGCAACUAUUAAAUGGACUGAUCAGGAAAUAAAUAUUUGCUCGACUUGUGCGAACAUUUUUCAUUAAUCGAACUUUCUGAAAUGUGUGUUUUCUGCCCUCUUUCUAUACUGUUCACGUCGAAUAAAACUCCUCCCCUCGCCCCCUCGCUGUCUUUCUCUUUCCCCUUUCAAAACCUUUACCUUCCAUCCGGUUGUACCC